AUGGGCCAAGGCUAUUCCCUCACAACCCUGUCCGCGGGUUCGGCUGGGAUCGAUGUUCCCGAGCUCGCGGACCUGGUGUAUGAGAAGUCGAUGGGUGGUGGUCGAUUCAUGAAAAGUAUCCGAGCGAGGCAGCACAAUGGACUGGUCUUUGUAAAGGUAAUCAUGAAGCCUUACCCCAGCAUGAAGCUGGAACCAUAUAUUAAAGCUAUCCUCCGGGAGCGCAAGUUAUUGUCUGAGGUUCCAAAUGCCUUGAGCUAUCAGAGAAUACUGGAAACCAGUACUGGCGGUUACCUCGUCCGCCAGUACAUACACAGCUCUCUCUAUGACCGGAUGAGUACCCGUCCAUUUCCAGAAGACAUCGAAAAGAAGUGGAUCGCUUUUCAGUUGCUCUGCGCACUGAGGGAUUGCCACUCGCUGGACGUCUUCCAUGGCGAUAUCAAGACAGAGAAUGUUUUGGUCACCUCAUGGAACUGGCUCUAUUUGUCCGACUUUUCUUCGUCUUUCAAGCCAACAUUUCUUCCAGAAGAUAACCCGGCUGAUUUCUCUUUCUACUUCGACACGUCAGGACGCCGAACCUGCUAUCUGGCUCCCGAAAGGUUCCUCGUGGCUGGCGAAGAACCAGGAAGUAGGGAAGUCAACUGGGCUAUGGACAUUUUUAGUGCAGGUUGCGUUAUCGCGGAGCUUUUUCUGGAGUCGCCUAUAUUCACUUUGAGCCAAAUCUACAAAUACCGCAAGGGAGAGUAUAGUCCAGAACAUGGCCAACUCUCCAAGAUCGAGGAUCCUGAGAUCCGCGCGUUAAUCCUCCACAUGAUUCAGCUCGAGCCAGAGUCUAGGUACUCGGCUGAAGAGUAUCUCAACUUCUGGAAGAACAAGGCGUUCCCUGAUUAUUUCUACAGCUUCCUACACCAGUACAUGUCCCUCAUGACUGAUCCGUCAUCGGGGAGAGCGCAUGUUGAGGCCGAGUCAGCAAGUAGAGGGGAAGCUGAUGAGAGAAUAGAGCGAGUCUUUCAUGAUUUCGAUAAGAUAUCGUACUUUCUGGGGGCUUCGCCGAAGUCUUCGACAGAUGGUUCUAGUCGCACUACCUCCAGGCUGACUGGCAAUACCUUCCCCGUUCAACUGGACCUACCACAAUACGGACAGCCAACUCCCAAGUCUCCAGCUCAGUCGGAUGACGGUGUGCUGAUCUUUCUGACGCUUGUGGUAUCUAAUCUCCGCAAUACUUCGAAAUCGUCCGCACGGAUCAAAGCUUGUGACAUUCUCCUUGCCUUUGCUGAGAGAUUGUCCGACGAGGCAAAGUUAGAUCGCGUUCUUCCAUAUAUUAUGAUUCUUCUCAAUGACCGCGCAGAUUCCGUCAAGGUUGCUGCGAUACGUGCUCUUGCACAGUUAUUGGAAAUGGUCCACGUGGUCUCGCCGGUCAACGCGUACUUAUUUUCCGAGUACAUCUUUCCCAGACUGCAACCGUUCAUUCCUAGUGGCAGUUCGAACCCGAGUCCAUUGGUUCGGGCUGCAUAUGCUUCAUGCAUUGCAUCUCUGGCACGAUCUUCAUUAAGGUUCCUGGAUAUGAUCCAAGCACUGCGUUCUGACACCCGCUUGCCCGCUCUGAUACCGGCUGGAUCUGAACCUAGGUGGACAGAAGAUGCUACCUAUCACAAUUUAUAUGACGUUGCGAGAGUCGACCUUCUCGAAUAUUUCGAGGCUCACACUAAAGCUCUGUUGACGGACAGCGAUGCUUCGGUCCGUCGCGCCUUUCUAGGUUCCGUAUCCGACCUCUGUGUGUUCUUUGGUAAUCUCAAAACCAGCGAGGUUGUUCUGAGCCAUUUAAACACCUAUUUGAAUGACAGGGACUGGAUCCUGAAGUGUGCCUUUUUUGAGGCGGUCAUUGGCGUUGCAAUCUACGUUGGAAGUACAAGCUUGGAGCAGUACAUUCUGCCCUUGAUGGUCCAAUCAAUGACAGACCCAGAAGAGUUUGUUGUUGAAAGGGUCCUUCGGUCACUAGCAGUGAUGGCAAAUAUUGGUCUUUUCCAACGGUCUACUACGUGGGAUCUUCUGCAUAUUACAGUCCGAUUCCUCGUGCAUCCUAACGCUUGGAUCCGCGAGGCAGCAGUUCAUUUUGUAGUCAGCUCAACCAAGUUCCUCUCCGUCGCCGAUAAGUACUGCAUCCUCGCCCCUCUUGUGCAGCCUUUUGUGAUAGCAGAGAUAAUGAACUUCACCGAGGGAGAAAUGCUCGACGCACUCAAAAAGCCAUUAACAAGGGGCGUAUACGAUUUAGCAUUUGUUUGGGUAUCGAAGACAGAAAAGGGUAUCUUCUGGAAAGCAGCAAGUCGUGAUGGAAUAUUCACCUUGAAUGGAACUGACAGCUCGCUCACAAAACUGGGACACAAAGCCUCCACUCAUCCUGGCCUGCAGCCCAAGAAUGAGGAGGAUGAGCAGUGGAUUGCUCGUCUGAGAAAUAUGGGAAUGAACCAUGAUGAUGAGUUUAAACUUCUAGCCCUUCGAGAGUACAUAUGGAGAGUGUCGAUGCGUCAACCAAGAGAAUCGGAAAAUGGAAUCUCUGAUUUGAACAAUGUCAUUGCUCUAAUGCAGCACGGUGUGACUCCUCAAACUGUAUUCUUUGACAAGACUCAGAACAUCAGACCACGCAGAAGUUCUAUCGGGAAGACUGAAAACGAUAGAUCUGACGAGCGGAAAUUGCAUACCAUUACGGAUGCUCUACUUGAUGCUUCAACGACCAUUGAUAACAGACCUGAUUCCCGCCGGAGGCACAUGCGCUCACGGAGUCAAAGGGACCCGGGAGCUGCCCUGACAAUCCCACGACCGAGUGCCUUGGACAACAUCCGGGCGGAGAAUUCGCCAGUAUCCUCACCAAUAGCAUCAUCACCCGGUGGAGUGCCCGGGUCACGGCCUUUGUCACCUCCUAGCUCAGAUACUGGACGUAGGGGCUCAGAAGGUAGGGAGAGUCCCGGGCAAGAGAGUUCAUCGACACCUACCGAUGCGGAAAAUCCUGCGAUUAGAAAGUUGGCCUCCGGUGUCCAUCGGAAAUCCAGUGCUAUGAGCUUACUAAACCGCAAGGAUUCAGCCAAGGCAUACGCAGAAACUGGAACCAGCUCGGCCAAUGCCUUUGGAAAGGUUGAUUUGCCAUCUCAGAGAGCAGAGGUGUCUUCUUCCCCUUCUCCUGUACCGCGUGACAGGAAAUCACCUGAACAGGGGGGCCCUAGGUUCCACGCCAAUCACUCCUAUGCGGGCGACGAUCCCGUCGUCCUCAAACUGCUGGAUUCUGUGUUUGCGGAGAAUUAUCCUACCGACUUCUUUGAUCUAGGGCCCUAUGUCAAGGAGAUAGACGUAAGGCGUCCGAUUGUAAAGGCCAAUGGGCAAGAGCCUGACAAGGUGUGGAAACCGAACGGAGGUCUUGUAGCCGUUUUCGGGGAACACAGCGGCCCUGUGAACCGCGUGGUUGUGGCACCGGACCAUGCCUUCUUCGUUACUGCUGCGGACGAUGGCACCGCUAAGAUCUGGGAUACCACUCGUCUCGAGAAUAAUCUUACACCGAGAUCCCGUCAGACAUACCGACACUCUACCGAAGCAAAAUUGAAGGCGCUGACCUUUGUGGAGAACACUCACACUUUCGUCACCGGCGCAAAUGACGGCAGUAUCCAUGCAGUGAAAGUGGAUUACCAUAAUGCCAACGGAACCGUUCGCUAUGGAAAGCUUCAACUUGUGCGAGAAUACCAACUCCCAACAGCUGAAGACGGAACCGUCGAGUAUCCCAUCUGGAUGGAGCAUUUCCGUCUGGAGGGCCAGUCCACGCUUCUCAUUGCCACAAACACCUGUCGUGUCCUGGCAUUAGACAUGAAGACAAUGCUUCCGGCGUACUCUUUACAGAACCCAGUUCAUCACGGCACGCCAACUACUCUCUGCUGCGACCGAAAGCGCAGCUGGCUCCUCAUCGGCACCUCCCAUGGCAUACUCGACCUGUGGGAUCUUCGCUUCCGCGUACGACUCAAAGCCUGGGGCCUCUCGGGAUCUGGCGCCAUCCACAGGAUCCAGCUCCAUCCAACCAAGGGCCGUGGACGAUGGGUCUGCGUCUCAAGCAGCGGCAGCCACGGCAAUGAAAUCACCGUCUGGGAUAUUGAAAGAGUCCGCUGCAGAGAAGUAUACCGAGUAGACACACCCAGCGUCAACAACCCAAGCCAGCCCAACGCAGGCAAUACCGACCCUCACAGAAUUACCCGACUAGGAUACCCAAGCAGCGCACGAGACUACGAACCCUGGCACGUCGAAAGCAGCCGACCCGAGGGAAUGCUUAGCCGAUUUGCAAUGGAGGGACUAGCAUCGGGCCCAACAGAUCACCACCAUCCAUCCGGCCCAUCACCUUCCGCGGGCAUCAGUGCCUUUGCACUUGGCUUCGACACCCCCGACGACGGUCGCGACAACACCACUCGCUGCGGAUUCAUCAUUUCAGGCGGCUGCGACCGCAAGAUCCGGUUCUGGGACCUCACCCGACCGGAGCAUUCCAGUGUUAUCAGCGGGCUAGACGUUGUUACGGAUGGCGCUGUGACCAGUAAACCACGCUACGACGUGUCUCAACCCAUCCCUUCCCUUGUCAUCACAUCGGAGCACAUUCCGACUCCUUCCUCUUCAACUCCCGACCCAGUCCAGAAUGGCAGUAAGAAGAGCUCCGCCGCCGCCGCCAAUGCCAAAAAGAGCGGAAGUGGCCGUCUACCCCGGAGCACGGUGAUUAGUCUGCAGCAACAGCAGUUAUUGAAGAGUCAUCUGGACUUUAUUCAGGAUAUUGCACUACUGAGAAGCCCGUAUGGGAUGAUUGUGAGUGUUGAUCGCGCGGGGAUGGUUUACGUGUUUCAAUGA